GCGAGCGGGCUGCUUUUCCCCGGCAUGUGUGUGGGGCUUGUCCUGCCCUGAGCGGGGCUACUGUACGCGGAGCCUUCGCCAUGGGGCUGGGGCUGGGACUGGGACUGGCCGCGGUGCUGGCGGCCGCCGCGCUGUGCGGGAGCGGAGCGCUCGGAGGGCGCGUCCUCAGCGGUCAAAAGGUGUGCUAUGGUGGCUUCAAGCGUUCCUGCUACAAGAUAGCUUAUUUCCAGGACUUAUCUAGACGCGUGGGCUUUCAGGAGGCCCGCCAAGCUUGUGAAAUGGAUGGCGGGGCUUUACUGAGCUUGGAAAGUGAAGCUGAGCAGCAACUAAUAGAAAACAUGUUACAGAACCUCACUAAGUCAGGCUCUGGGAUUUCUGAUGGUGAUUUCUGGAUUGGACUGUGGAGAAGUGGUGAUGGACUGACCACCUCCAGUGCUUGCCCUGACCUCUACCAUUGGGCUGAUGGAAGUAUGUCACCCUUCAGAAAUUGGUAUACAGAUGAGCCUUCCUGUGGAAGUGAAGCCUGUGUUGUCAUGUAUCAUCAGCCAACUGCAAACCCUGGUCUGGGAGGGCCGUAUCUUUAUCAAUGGAAUGAUGAUAGAUGCAACAUGAAGCACAAUUUUAUCUGCAAGUAUGGCCCAGACAAUGUCUUAGAAAAAGAAUUAGGAGACAGAGCAGAGCCAGAUUACGGUAUUUUUCCAACGGUGCCAGCAGGAAAUCCAUAUGACACAAACAAACCAGAAGAUCAAUAUCAUGUUAUAGCUACUGAAACAGGUAUAAUUCCAAAUCUAAUUUAUGUCGUAAUACCCACUAUACCACUACUACUGUUAAUACUGGUGGCUUUUGGGACUUGCUGUUUCCAGAUGCUUCAUAAAAGGGAAGCAAGGAGAAACUGCUUCAAAGACCCAUCUCCAUUAUCAUCUGAAUGCCUUGCAGAAAGUUUAAAUUCCAACCUGUAAAGGAAGAACAAAAACGAGUCCGAACCAGUCCACACUUUGGAUUUCAAAGACCCCUAGGAAGGACAGUAGCAUGGAGGUAUAAUGAUUUACUGACUGAAAGCAAAGCAAAAAUAACAUUUUGCAGUCGGGCUGUAUUAUAAUGUCGUCUGAGAACAUUAGCUUGGAAUGGCUUGAAAAUGCAAAGGAUCUACAAGAAUGAACUGUAAGCUCCCCCUUGAGGCAAAUGUUCAGAUCAUUUUUAUAUAAUGUUUGAUUAUUAAUUCAGUAACAAAAUAUGCCAUGCUAAAUAAAGGGUAUGUGUUUAUUUUGCUAAGAGAUGUAAGUCAGCUAGUUGUGAGUAAUGAAUUGAAAACGCAUUUGAAAUUUUUAUGAGGACAUAUCUACAAUGUAUAUCAAUUUUAAGAUAGAUUGUUUGUAGUUAAACAAAACCUUCUUGUUUUCUUUAAUCUCCUAUGCAUUGUAACCUAGUUGAUGUACUGUACAUGAAACUGACAAUUUUGCAGUGUAACAAUUAUUUAUCUUUGCAUAAAUGUUUGAUACAAAAUAUUUGUUUAGUAUUUAUUUGCACACUUAUGACAGUUUUUGAUCCUCAGGCACAAAUUACUUUUGUAUACAUAAAUUAUGCUUGCUGGCAGAUACUUCUGCCAUAUUGCAACAUUCAUCAGCUAUGACAAAAUUCAAGGAUUCAAAAGUGGUUUAAUCUUAUAGUGAAUCCACUUUAUCAGGGAGUGACCACCAUAUCUUCUUGAUGUAUUGGUCCAAG